UGUCGAUUACAUCAUCGCAUUGCAACGCGUAACCGGAGACGGAUAAGAAGAUCCGUUGACUGCGCCUCGAGGCGCGAUUCCCUACGCAUUCUGAUAAAUUGAUAGGCAAUUAAUUAUAUAUUUUUAAACACGAGGAUGUGAGAGUUAAAAGGAGACGCGUACAGGAUCUUUCGUCGCCAAGACAAGAGCUUUUCAGAUCUGAGUUUUUUAAGGGGGACACCGAGGGGGACGUGUCAAGGAUAUGAUCGUGCAAAUAUGUACAGCUCUGAAACUCUAAGCCAAAUUUAUGACUCAGAUCGAAGGAUCGACGUUCGAAUUGUACAAAAAUACAUUGACAGUAUUAUUGUGGUGUCUAAGAUAUUCGCAGAUACAAAGAUGGGUAUUGGAACUACCGGUAGUCAUCGGUCACUCGCGGCGAGCAGCCAACAGAACGGAGCUGCCAUCACAGCGAUUACUCCACAUGUGGACAUCGCCGUCGCAACUCAGGAUCGGCCGGGCACCUAGGAAAAAGACACAGCCUUAAGCUGCAUCAUCAGCUGCCGCGGCCGGUGAAAGAUGGACAACACCGACGGAUCCAGGAGGAAGCUCUCCUUCCUCGGUUUUGGCAAGCGGGUAUCGGUCGACGGGCAUGCCGCGGAAACGGGGCCGGAGCUCGACGAGGAGAUGGAGAAGGUGUUUGCGAUGGAUGCCGGAGAAAAAUUCGACGUAGCCCGACUUGGAUCGCCCUCGGAAUCGGCUGGAUCUGAUAGAGAUCGCGAUCGCGGACCACCCCCGCGAUAUGGCGGCGAUCAUGAUUUCAAUCAAUACCGUAAAAGAAGCUACCCACAUCCGCAUAUGCCUCUAAAGAGCCUGCAUUCCAGAUCUAUGCGACGACAUCUUUCACCCGAAGGCUCGGCGACGGACGUGUUCACUGAGGAGGACCAUAGCAAUGCUCAUGCAAGAAAUAACGAGGUCCAGGAGGUCGACGGGAUGAACCGUAAUGGAUUACAAUCGAUCGUCACAGCCGAGGCCGAGGCCGAAAUCGAUGAAGAACCGGAAGAUAUCGACAAUGUGGGCAGCAGCGAGAGCGAAGCGCCGAUUUCGGAGAGGGCAGCUUCUGGUUUCAGCGACAGCCCGACCAUCGGCAGUCCGAGGGUACAAUUUGAGAAGAUCAAGGAAGAAGAUGCAUUGAGCACGCAAACACCGGAAAUGCUAACGGGUACCAUUCCGAGUGGCCACGAGGAAGAUCGGAAUCGCCGACGGCACCAGAAGCACGAACAUAAACGUCAUCAUCACAAAUCUCGCAAAUACUCUCUGCAGGAGGAUCCGCAAUGGCGGAAACGAUCGGGAGCUGGUCUUCCAGAUAGUUCCAGUUUGUUGACUCGACGUGUCAGCGUUCAACCAGAAGAAGCGAGCACCUUACAGGAACUCGACAUCGACGAUCUGGAGUCGCAUCGUAGUGACGACCCGCGUGGCAUGCGCCGGCACAAAGCCGCUCAUUUAACAGUACAGAUUGGCCGGCGGAAGGAUGGCGGUAUUCCCCUUGACACCUUCAAGAAAAUGUACGAUCACUCGCCGCACGAGGUAUUUGUCCAGCUGGACGAGUUACACGGCUUGGGUGAGGAACGCGAAUGGCGAGAGACCGCUAGGUGGAUUAAAUACGAGGAGGACGUUGAAGAGGGUGCUGACAGAUGGGGCAGACCUCACGUGGCUUCCCUUAGCUUCCAUUCACUGCUGAAUCUUCGCCGUUGUCUAGAAACUGGCGUGGUCCUCCUUGAUCUGGAGGAGAAAGAUCUACCUGGAUUGGCUUACAGAGUAGUCGAGCAAAUGGUUAUCGAAGAGCUAAUUCUGGCCCAGGACAGACCAGUUGUGAUGAGAGCGUUACUGCUCAGGCACAGGCACGUGCACGAGCACGAACGUGGAUUCAGAUUCGGCGGCAAGAGGAGCUAUUCCAGUUACACCAGCCUUCAGUCCAUCUGGCUGGAGGAAGAAGACGCUGCGCGGGAAGCCGCUGAGAACCAUGUAACCCAACAUAAUCUGCACGAUGCGAAGCCGAAGAUCGUAUCGUCGAACCUGGCGCUCGAUAGUAAUCACACGGUGGUCGACAUCAAGGAGGAACUAACGUACAUGAGUAGUAAUGAAGACUUGAAGAAGGGCCAUAACGACUACAUCCUCAAGAGAAUUCCAGCCGGCGCUGAGGCAACAGUCGUACUUGUUGGCGCCGUCGACUUUCUGGAUCAGCCGACGAUAGCCUUUGUACGAUUGGCCGAAGGUGUAUUUAUGCCGUCCAUCACCGAAGUCAAGAUACCGGUCAGAUUCAUGUUUACCCUGUUGGGGCCGAGAAACGCAGACCUGGAUUAUCACGAAAUCGGCCGGUCAAUCUCCACUCUGAUGGCGAACACGUCGUUCCAUAAAGUCGCUUACAAGGCCAACGAGAAACGAGAAUUGCUCUCGGCUAUUAACGAGUUCCUAGAUGAUUCAAUUGUACUACCACCCGGCGACUGGGAGAGACAGGCUUUGCUACCGUUCGGCGAACUUAAGGCGAAGAGCGAGGCUAUCAGGAAGCGGAAGGCAAAGGCGCUCGAGGAGAAGAGCAAGCCAGAGCAAAGUGAAGCGGCUGUGAAAAAGGCUCUUCUCGCCGGCGAGGAAGAGAAGAAGCCACCGGAGGACGACGACGAUCCAUUACGACGUACCAGACGACCAUUCGGCUGUCUCAUCAACGAUAUUAAACGUCGCUACCCCUUCUAUUUGUCUGAUUUCACGGACGGUCUGAACUCGUCCUGCCUCGCAGCAGCCAUCUUUAUGUACUUCGCUGCGCUGUGCACCGCCAUCACCUUCGGCGGCCUGAUGAGCGAUAAGACGCAGAACGUUAUAGGCAUCUCCGAAACUCUGGUCUCUGGUUCGUGGACGGGCAUAGUGAUGGCACUGUUUGCCACUCAACCUUUGGUGAUCAUCGGCACAACUGGUCCUCUGCUACUCUUCGACGAAAGUCUAUACAAUUUCUGCCUGGCAAACGAGCUUGAGUUUCUUACUGUACGGGUAUACGUUGGCGCCUGGAUGGGCAUUAUCGCCCUAGCGAUUGCCUGCGUCGAGGGUUCGGUCCUCGUGCGACUCUUCACGCGCUUCACCGAAGAGAUCUUCACUGGUUUGAUCUCUAUCCUUUAUAUCGUUGAAACGUUCAUCAAGCUUUACAACUACUUCGUGCGCAAUCCUCUUCUCCACGAGUACAGCUUUGGGCCGGACAUCAAUGACACAACCUAUCCGCUCUACGUUACCGAAAUGAAAGUCACUAGAUCACCGUGGAAUGAAACCGAGGAAAUAUACCGCUUGCAGGAAGUUAGCCAACUGGUACCGAGUCACGACGUAGCCGGUCUGUCAAUCAAUCAGCCCAACACAGCUUUGAUGUGUACUAUCCUUUGUCUGGGUACUUUCCUGGGCGCCUAUUACUUAAGGAUCUUCCGCAACAGCCAUUACUUGGGCCGUAGUGCUCGAAGAGCCUUCGGAGACUUUGGCGUGCCUAUUAGCAUCAUCGUAUUCGUUUUGAUCGACUAUUUAUUUACGGUAAAAACGGAGAAGUUGCUGGUUCCCGAAGGACUGUCCCCAACUAUACCCGGUAGAAAUUGGUUCGUGUCCCCCGUCGGAUUCGAGAAACCCAUACCGCUUUGGAUGGCGUUGGCUUGCGUGGUGCCAGCUUUGCUGGUUUACAUUCUGGUGUUUAUGGAGACUCAAAUAUCGGAACUGAUCAUUGAUAAAAAGGAGCGUAAGCUGCGAAAGGGCAAUGGCUAUCACAUGGACAUCGUAGUGGUCUGCCUGAUGAACGUAGGAUGUGGCUUGAUGGGUGCACCUUGGUGUUCCGCCGCGUCGGUACGUUCUCUCACCCACGUAUCCGCCGUCACCGUGAUGUCACGCACUCACGCUCCUGGUGACAAGCCGCACAUCGUUGAAGUAAAGGAGCAACGGGUGAGCGCUCUACUGGUCGCAAUACUCAUUGGCGUGAGCGUGCUGAUGGCACCGCUGUUGCGACGGGUACCGAUGUCCGUCCUUCUUGGUGUGUUCCUCUACAUGGGUAUCUCGUCGACGAACGGAGUGCAACUAUUUGACCGCAUCAAGCUCUUUUUCAUGCCAGUCAAGCACCACGGCACAGCAAACUACGUGCGCCGUGUGCAAACCUAUAAGAUGCACAUCUUCACCUCCAUACAGAUCUUAUGCCUAGUCAUAUUGUGGAUUGUCAAGAGUACUAGAGCCGCUCUGGCCCUACCCUUCUUCCUUAUCCUGAUGAUACCGUUGCGCGCUCAAAUGAGCCAUUUCUUCACCACCGCGGAGCUACGCGCCCUUGACAGUAAGGGACCCGAACACGAAGUCGAGGACGAGUUAGAUUUUUACGAGGAGGCUCCUCUACCUGGUUAGACUGUGCCUUAAUGGAUAUCAUGGCAUAUACAUAUAUAUAUAUCUCCUCUCUCUUUAAAUGCAUUCACCAUGUAUUUUUCGAAAUUAUUUACUUAUACAGGGUGUCAAAUUCGUUUGUGACCAUUCCAAAAAUUAUCGUAGAUUAGAUCAAGCUGAGAAGAAAAGUUAUAUACCAUUUUGCAAAAUUCAUAAUAAUUCUCGUGUAAUUAAGAAAA